GUGUACAGAGCUACUAAAUCGCAGGUAGCUUACAGCAGUUUCACUUAAUGAACUGUGUUUUUCCUAAAUUUCACCUUCCAUAUUUCAAGCUAAACUUGUGUAACAAGCUGGUUUUCUUAUCUCUACGCCACUGCUGUCCUCCGCAUUAUCUAGCUUUUUUUACAGACAAUUAGCUGGUAACUGAUUAGUUGCACUGGCACUCCAGUCUCCCUCUGAGGACCUGCGGUUGCUGACUAGGCCAAAUGCUUAACAUUUAUUAUUUUUCAAAUUAUUAUUCUUGUAACCAUAGUGAAAUUGUGCAAACAAUAAAAACCAGUCCUGUUUCGGCAUGUAAAAUAUUUUUCACACAUUCUAUUUUUAAAAUCUGGUCCCGGUGCUUUUUGCAUUUGCCAGAAUUGCUGCUUAACCUCUGCAUUUGAAUGACACUUGUAUGCUGAAGAGAUCAGGGCUGCGGACAAUUCUGGUAAAGGGUGAUUCCUGUACAUGCUUUCUUCAGAUUGUCUCCACCUCUAUGUGUCCCUCCCCCUAGAAAGGUAUGAAUUCUACCGUACUGAGCUAUAGUCAGACUUUGAUGACUGUAUGAAGAUAUCCCAACGUCUUCUGGUCUCUGCUUCGACAAGGAAAAAGUUUCCUACAAUUUUGGUGCUGUGACCCAGAUAUAGAGCUCCUCAUCUGAAUCCAGAUUGAAACUUCAAGCUCAACAAAGAUCUGACUUCGUUCCAGACUGAAUCUUUCUGUACAACCAAGUGUUGGAUGUGUGGGUCUCACCAUCAGGGCCGCGCAUCACAUGCUGUGAUGUGUAGAACGCUGGCAAACAGCUGUGGAGAAAGGCGGAGGUUCCUGCGCUCAGCAGUUAUGAGAAUCCCCCACUUCUUCUGGUUUCUGCUGCUUUUAUCUGGUGGAGGACUCAUUUUUCUGUACCUAAAGGACCUCACAGAGACACUUCAACAACAGAGUCAAGGUGCUCAGGUCAUAUUCAACCGAGUACAGCCUGUGAGAAAGGAACAGUGUUCUGAUUGUUCUGACAAUGAAUCGCAGUCGUCUUAUCCAACAGAUGACAUCUUCCCCAGCCCUGCCCACCCAGUUCAACCUACAGUCUUCCCGUGGGCCAGGCGUACCUCUCUACUCAAUCCCAAAUACAUCACCGCUGCCCAUGUGACAAAAGGUCACCAUAAACUUCUCAAGAGCAGUCCGGUCAUCCAGCCGCUCAACACUGACCCUCCUGGCCAAAACCGUGACAGCACCGAGCGGAUUACUCAGGUACAGCAGGUACGCCAGAGGCUUAUGAGGGAAGUCUGUGCCAAAUACACAGGUGGGGCCACUAAAAGGUUUGUAACCCGCAUGCAGGUGUCGCGUAUUUUUGUGGAGGACACACACAAACUCCUGUACUGUGAGGUGCCAAAGGCAGGCUGCUCUAACUGGAAGCGGGUGCUCAUGGUCCUCAAAGGUCUCGCGCCCUCCACAGAGAAGAUCCAACAUGAUGAAGUGCAUAACGGGAAUCACCUUAAACGCCUGGACUCCUUUGAUCACAUAAGCAUCAUCCAACGUUUAAAGACCUACACCAAAGUCAUAUUCCCGAGGGAGCCUUUUGAAAGGCUAGUGUCUGCUUUUAGGGAUAAAUUCGAGAAUCCAGAAUCAUACUACCACACCGUGUUUGGGAAAGCCAUCAUUUCUAGAUAUCGUAGAAACGCCACUCAGGUAGCUUUAAGCACGGGAGCGGGCGUCACCUUUAAGGAGUUCAUCCAGUAUUUGUUAGACGUGCACAGGCCGGUCGGCAUGGACAUCCACUGGAUGCCUGUAGCCCAGCUCUGUAGUCCCUGCCUGCUGGAUUACGACUUCAUUGGAAAAUUUGAGACUAUGGAAGAAGAGGCGAACUUCCUUUUGAGAAGCUUUGGAGCGCCGUCCAAUUUAACAUUCCCUACUUUCAAAGACAGAAACCCUAACGCAGAAAGAACGUCCUCGGAAAUUAUGAGGAGAUACUUUGCACAGUUAAACGUGACGGAGAGACAGAGAGUGUAUGACUUUUACUACAUGGAUUAUCUGCUGUUCAACUACUCCAAACCGUUUAAUGAUUUGUACUGAGGCCACCGAAGUUAUAUUACGAAACUGAACCUGUCGUUCACGUUUUGUCAUAGUGAAGUUAUUACUUUAAAAUGUUGUUUGUUUAUUUAUUAUGGAAUUUACAAGUGAAAUGUUAAUCACACUGUAUUAAUCUAAGUGACUGCAGGCUGGCCCUCGCUUUUAUCUUAUUUACAAACAUAUUAAAUCCCUCUGAAAUGCGUCAUGCAUUUUAACACGUCUGUGUAGGUGGAAUGUUUCUUCAAACCGCUUUGAAUGAUAAACUGUACUGAGAGCGUCUGGAAAUACGUUGUUUUACAGUCAGAUAAACACAAAGAUGUCUGAUUGUAAGUAAGUGCAACAUUCUUCAAAGCCACUGAGUUUAAAUCAAUUAGUGUAAAUUGACUCUAUACAACAUGCAAUUAUUUUUCAACAAACUGACGCUUUGGUCCAUAUUGGUACGAUAACUAUACAAUUUAAAUCCUCGUGAAUGUAAGAACAAUUUGUAUACAAUUUGUUGUCUAUCACAAUGUGACCUAAUACACAUUUUCCCUUACUUUCGCAUUUUCAUAGUUGGAAGUUUCUCCUUCCAUCAAUUUUUUUGUCUUAGUAUAUCAAUAAUUGUUAGCACCGUCUUUUUACAUCAGUUUGCUGGUAUCUUUUUGUAUCUUUUUGAGAUAAUGAAGUCUUUAUAUCAUGCAAUGUCAGUCACUGCUAAACCAUUAGGUCAAAAAGUAUCAAACCUAAAUGCCAGGUUAAUUUUACCAAGAUUUUUUUAUAUUUGAAUCAACAAUGGUUUUAAAAAAACCCAGCCUGAGUUAAUUUAUAACCCAACGGUUAGGUUGAAAAUAACCCAGCAUUUUUUAGAGUCUACUUUUUGGUUCCAGGUCAGAUAAUACCUUAUAAUAAUUUUCAAUAGUAAUAAAAAAUAUGUUUGAUUAUAUGUUUCAGAACACAUCCAUUUCUAUUCAUAUACUGUAAGAAUGGCACAAAGAUUGUAUUCCCACAAACAAAUUAAAACAAAGAUUAAAAAUCA